UGAAAAAAACUUUCUCUCUCUGUCAAUCUCUUAUCUUGUGGACGACGAACAAAACAAAUAGAAAAAUAUCCUGGCCAUUAUUUUAUAUAUUAAUGUUGAUUUUAUUUAUUUUUUUUUAUUCUUCGCGCGAGGAAAGGAAGGAAGUAGUAGACGAUCAUUGUUCUUUUCUCUUUGAGUUCUUGAAAUAAAGGUGUUGGAUCUCUUAUUAUUUACUUAAUAUAUAUUUUUCCUGAAUUUCCGUGCAUUUUUAAAAAAUCUUUUUUAGGGAAGGAUUUUAUUAUUUGGAUUUUUAACGUUCUUUCUCUCAAGACAAUUAUAUUUAUUGUCUUUAAUUGGUAAAUUUCUGUCAUUGUCUUAACAACUUAUUCUUGUUGUUUUUUGUUUUGAGCUUUGUUUUUCAAUCUUAGUUUUUUGAAAUUGGUAUAUGUAUAAAUUUAUUAUUAGAUUAAAAAUUAGCAUUAAUUUAAGGACAACUUUCUUUCUUGCGGACUUCUUUCUUUACGGUUUUUUCCUUGCGGACUUACGGAAUUUCUUUUUGCGGUUUAUUACCAAAAUUUUUAUCUUGUUUAUCAAAAUUCUAGCUGCAUCCUAGCUAUAAUGAUCAUUCUUUCCUCUUCAUUUUUUCCUUCAUUCAUCUUGAUCCAAAAUUUUUUCUUCAUUGUUGUUGUUCGAUCCCAGCAAAAACAAUUUGCACCGACUAGGCCAAAAUCUCAACAAUUUAAUUCCCCUCAACAACAAGCCCAAAAAUUUAUGAGUGCUCCACAAUGUAGAUGUAAGGAUUUGGAUGAAUGCGCGGCGGAAAUUCAAAAAUUGGUGGAGAAAUGUAAAACGGAACCAAAAUGUGAGGCACAUUUAAAGAAGAUUGGCAACGUCCAAAAAAUUCGACAAUGCCUGGCUGAUGAACAAAAACAAAUGGAAAAGCUGGAACAAUGCGUAGAGAAGAAAGUUGGGGGCCCAAUUGGAUGCACUAACGAUCUACAUCCAAAAAAUUUAACCGUUCCAAUAAUUCCGGAAAUGGAAAUGAUGGAUAAUAGGAGGAAAAGAAGUUUGUUGCUUUCUGAAAAUCCUGGGAAAUUUUCUGGUUGUUCUCCGACUUUGCCUGAAUUGAGGAAUAAAAGAGGGACGUUGCCUCCAUUGCCGGCUACUCAAGAAGCUGGACACGCUCCCCCUGAACUUAGCGACUUUUUAAUGUGUGUGGAUCAGUGUGCUGUUAAAGCUGCCUCCCUAAACUCGGCACCGAAACUGUGUGCAACUCGGGAGGGGAAUAUGAAUUGUGCUUUUAAAUUGAAGUGUGCACUAGCUCCUCCCGAUGACCGCCAACAAAAAGCUUUCGACGACUGCGAGCAGCAAAUGCAAUUUACCCCACCUAAAAGGUUAAAGAAAUCUUGUGAGUGUCUUAAAGCGGCUGGAGUGAAAAUUGUCUGUCCAAAAUAA